ACCUCAAUUGUAGCCUAUUUAAAAAUUUAACGUAGUUUACGUGAAUUAAGACUAGUUUGUGAACGGUCCAAUCGUGAUGAGAUGAUAUGGGUUUGUUACAAUGGUUCAAUCGCAGAAAUAAAUUUGAAAAAUGUUUGGUGUGUUGCAUCCUAGGAUUAACACUAGUAAUUAUUAUUCUGUUUAUUUGUUUCCUCACAUCUCACGAUAACAGAGUAUGUCUGAAACCCGAAUGCAUCCGCGGGAGCAUUCAUAUUUUGGAUUCUAUUGAUCCCAUUGUCGAUCCGUGUGAAGACUUUUAUGCAUUUGCCUGCGGUCAAAUGAAUCAAACAGACAAGCCCACUGAUCAUGCAUCUACCUUGAAAAGUUUGAGAACAUUAUCGAGUUAUAGGUUAAACAAAAUUGUGGGAGAAACAAACAUUAGUGAAGGCGUACCGAAAAGUUUAGCAUUCCAACGAACUUUCUAUAAAGCAUGCAUGGAUACGAAAAAAAUUGAUGAGGACGAAAACAGGACUUUUUUGAAAAUCUUGGACGAGUUAAUGGAAGGAUGGCCGCUGUUAAAGAUAGGCAAAUGGAAAGGAGAACAUUUUGUUUGGCAGAAUAUCAUGUUGAAAGCCAGAAAGUUGGGAUUAUAUCACAAUUUAUUCUUUAGGGUGGAUACUUUUGAGAAUAGUACAAAUGGCAAAAUGAUGCUAUGGGUUAGACCAAUUGAUGUGGCGCAUUUAGCUUCGACACAUUUCACAGAUAGUAAUUUGGACAAGAUACUAGAAAUAUUGAAAGAUUUGGGAGCUGAUAGUGUUGAUGUAAUACAUGAUUUGAGAGCUACGAUAACUUUUGCAGAAAAACUGACUAAAAUAGUAUUAAACCGAACAAACGAAACAAUUCUUGGCUCCAGCACCGAACGAACAAAUAUCACAAUUCAAAAUAUAAAGAAACACUACAUUCGUAUAGACUGGGUGAAUUAUUUGCAACAUAUUACUGGCAUACCCAUCAAGGGAAGUGAUCAGAUUGUAUCUGAUAUAGACGAAUAUUUCCACGAACUCUAUUUUCUACUACAGGCGACAGAAAAACGGAUACAAGCAAAUUAUGUGGGAUGGAUAAUAUUGUCUACAAAUAUAAAUUUCUUAUCAACAAAACUCAGGAAGAAAUAUGAUCAGAUACUGAAAUCAUCAAAUGUUACCCUUCCCGUGGAAACUAGAAGUGACCGAUGUUUCCAAUUGAGUUUGGGAUUGUUCAAGUGGACUGCUGAAGCAGAAUAUGUGAGACGAUAUACAACUUUAGAAAAGAAAACAAGAGUACAAGUUAUGGUAGAUUAUAUCAAGUCUGAGAUGGAGAAAUUAAUCGAAACUUCCGAAUGGAUGGACGAAAAAAGUAGAGAGAAUGGUCUUAAGAGAUUAUAUAACAUCACUACACCAAUUGGAUGGCUUGAUAUUGCAUUUAAUGUAACAAAACUGGAAAAAUUAUUGGGAUUUGACAAGGUAAAGCGAUGGCCUGAUUUCAAUCAAACCGCAAUGGACAUCGCCAGAAUUGGAUUGAAAAUACAAUUUGAUGUGAACUAUCGCACAGUUCUUAAUAAAAUGACUGAUAUGGAUAGUAUUGGUAUACCCGGAAAUGAAGUGAAUGCUUAUUUCGUUAGAAACUAUAAUAUAUUGAUAUUACCAACGGCAAUAUUACAAGGUCAAAUGUUUGAUGAGAAUCAACCAUAUUACAUGAAUUUUGGCGCUCUGGGUAGUGUUAUAGGACAUGAAUUAUCGCAUGGCUUCUCUCUUUACCAAAAUUCAGAUGAUUUUUCAACAAAUUACGAUAAUUCUGCACUUUGGACCAACGAUACCGCUGAUAAGAGAAAAGAAAUAGUUCAAUGUAUCGAGGAUCAGUAUAACAAAUUCCAAGUUAAACAUGGAAAGUCAAAGACAAAUCAUACGAGUGGUGAAGAAAAUAUAGCAGACAUAAAUGGAUCAAAUUUAGCAUAUGCAGCUUAUCAGAAUUGGAUAAGUUAUAAUGGGCACGAACCUAGUCUCCCAGGAAUUAAGUAUACUCCGAAUCAGCUGUUUUGGAUUAUGUCCAGUACGUACAUGUGCAUAGAACCUAAUAAUGGGAGAAGUAUUAAUCAAAAUCAUGGUAUGGCGGAGUUUCGAGUUAUAGAAAGACUUAGACAAUCAGCUGAUUUUGCAAAAGACUUCAAUUGUCGAUUAGGAUCGAAAAUGAAUCCAGCAAAAAAAUGUAAAAUAUACAAUUAAAAAUGCGAAAAAAAGGUUUUUAUAUCAGAAUUAUUAUAAUUUUUCUAAAAAAAAGAAUGAGUUAUUUUUUGAAGUUUCAAUACUAAAAUAACUCAGAAAAUUGUGGAAAAUCGAAUUCGAAAAAAAGGUUUUGAAUGGUAAUAAUUGAGAAGCAAUUUUCACUAUAUGACGUAACUCCUAAUAUAGCGAAGAAUCUUGUUUUGAAAUUUUUCGUUGAAAUUACUCAACACUUGAUAUUUUCCUCUCUGGAAAUUACUUUCAGCUUUUCAAUGUUUUCAGUGUUUUCCCGAAUGAAUUAAGAGUGUUUAAUACUGUAUAUUGUUUUCUCGACUUAAAAGACCGCCAAAAACUACAGCAAGUAAUAGUAAUAAAUCGGAGAAGCUAGUUACGAUUUAACCUCUCUCCACAUCAAGUAUUAGGUAUAUGUGUCAUAUUUACACUAUUCAAAAAUAAUUGAAUACUUGUGUGUAGAAAUAAACCUUUUCCAACAAUCAUGAUUCCUUAACCUGUCUAUUAUUAAUUCAUGCUGGUAAAUGAUGCGUUGGCUGACAGUGAAUGAAUUUAGUAAGAGCAACAAUUUAAAUCAAUUUAUAUUCAUUGUUAUAUUUAUUAAUCGUUAUAAUUUACCAGAAUUUUUUUUUAUUCGUGGAUAAUUUAUAAAAAUUGAGAAGUCAUAUUUUUAUAUUGCAUCACAGUUGUUCAUAGCAUGGUACCCCUUGAAGAUAACUGGAAUAUAUUUUGAAAAUGCAACAGUAAAUUGAUAGAAAAACUAUAUUUUAUGAGGCAUCAUGUUAAAUACCCGUCAAUAGCAUUCAAGCAACACAUCUUCAAAGCUUCCUUUUCAAAUGCUGUAGAAGUUUCAUCACAUUUAAACAUAUUGUUUUAAGGGAAAUUCCACGGUCAGUAUGAAGUUUAUUCAACUGCAAUAGCUGUGGUUAUAAUGAAAGUUGAACUCACCAACAAUUUUUCAAUUAAUGAUGAGGAAUUAUGGCGCAACGUGGUUUUCUCCUAGGCGAAAACGUUCCAAUCAAUAAACAGACGAUAUAAGGAAAUGGAGUUUUGAGAAUAAUUAAUAUCUUUUCCCCUCUUGUAGUAUCUACUAUCCAAGAAUACAGCAAAUAUUCAUAGUAACUGAUUAAUUUUAUCACUUUUUUAUUGCUAGAUACUCUAGUUUCACUAUUCAAAUAUGCUAUGUUUUGACAGCAGUCUUGAAGUAAUAUUUGACGUCAUUGGAAAUAAUAUAUGAAGCCCGUAAUCAAAAAGAUGGUUACUAAACUAGGAAAUAAUUGAGAAGAUCUCGUCAAAUUUUAUGACAUUCAAUCAAAUUGUGACAGACAAGGCAAUAGCUUCGCAAUGAAAGUUCAUAACGUUAUUCUUGUUGUAAUCGUAGUAUGUCCAAAAUUUGAAUCUAUAAAACCCACAACGAAUUGUGACUGAUAUAGUAUAUAUUUAUGGAGGGCAUUAAGAUCUAAAUGAAGCAAAAUACAUUAAAAGAACUUAUUUAUUAUGAAAACUUUAGAUCGUUUAAAAAAAUGUUAUUUGUUGGGAAGUUAUUACUUCCAAGAUUGUUUGAAAUUUCAAUUUUUAACUUAUUGACCUAUUUGCAAUAAAUUGGAACACUUAAUCUAAGGUGUAGGUGUACAGUCAAUUGAUAUAUUCUUUUAUCUAUGAAUAAUACGAAAACUGAAUGUUUUUUAUAAUUCAUUAAACUCUUUACUGUUAUACAUUGAUUCAAAGAUUGAUUAUCUAUAUGACAACUAAGUAAAUAUUAUUCACGUAUGUAUAUAUUAGGAAUCAUACUUAUUUAACUCAACCAAGAGUGACUAAAAAGCUGAGUUUGUUAUAUUCGUUAUGUUUGCUCGACAUGAAAGAAGAAGCACAUGUUUCCACAUUUAACCCAUUCGAUACUGUGGGGAGACAUUGUCUAAGAGAACUUCUAGUAAUUACAGUAAGACCCCGCUUAACGCGGGGGAUACGUUCCAUCAAAGUAGAGCGUAAUGCGAAACAGCGCUAAACGAGGCUAUCUUUACAUGUAAAUAUUGGAGUUAGGGGAAGAUGACUAAGAUAGGUAUUAAAUUUAAAAAGUAUGUUUUUUAAUAAAAAUAAAACCAAACAUUUAUUUCUUAAAGCCCAAAUUAAUACCACAUUAUUAUUUCUUGAAAAAUAAAAACAAAAUAUAAAUAACAAAACGAAUAUUCUUAAAAAAAAACAAAUAAAAUUCUAAGUCAGUCAUAUUUAGUUAGCCUUCCGCGUUUUCAGUGUUCUGCCUUUUUGUGACAAAAGCAUCUAAUGUUGUUUGCCUUUUUCUUUUGCGUUGUUCUCUUAAAAGUUCUUCAUAAACGGAUAGAGCGUCUCUAACACCACGCCUUACUUUUGAGCUCCUGUCAAAAUUCGGAUCAUUUUCAAUGAAUUGAUCCAUUAUUUCAAUUAUGGUAGACAAACUCUUUUUUACAAACGCCAUUGAAAGUUCUUUUUGCUCUUCUUCUGAAUCACUGCUGUCAACAUUUUUGUUUUCUUCUUGUUCAGUUAAUUCCUUGAGCUCAUCAUUAGAAAGACUAGCCGCUGCUUCUUGAAUUAUUUCUUCGACAUCUUCCACAUUUACCCCUUCAAAACCGGUUUGCUUCAAUAAUUUCACUAUCUCUUUCACUAUUUCAUCCACAUCGACAGAGUGUCCAACGUCAUCACUCUUACUUAAAUCCGGCCAAAUAUUCUUCCAUACUCCUUUCAAUGAUCAUUCUGUUACCUCAUUCCAAGAAAGGCCUAUGUUUUCUACAGCAUCCACGAUGUUGUAGUUUUUCCAAAAUUCUCUUAUGGACUAGUUCUCUUCUCUGUCUGUUUUUUCAAACAUUUGCUUAAAGGUUCGCCGCAAGUAAUAAGCCUUAAAAUUUGAUAUAACGCCUUGGUCCAUUGGUUGAAUUAAGGCAGUUGUGAUAAGCGGCAAGAGAACCACUUCGACUGGAAUGCAUGUUGUUAAGUCUGAUAGUAAAUUUGUUGGGUGGCUUGGAGUAUCAUCAAUUAACAGAAGUGCUUUUUGUUCAAGUUUUUUAAUUUCGCAAUAACGUUUAACAGACGGGCAGAAAUGUUCAGUGAACCAAUCCUUUUUCGCAAUUAUCCAUGAUUUUUUAUUAGACUCCCAAAUUACAGGUAAAGUUGAUUUAGAUAUGCCUUUCAUCGCUCUCGGGUUUUUGGAAUUGUAACUUAGUAAUGAUUUUAAUUUAAAAUCUCCGCUUGCGUUACCACCUAGUAGAAGGGUUAAGCGAUCUUUUGCAGCUUUAAAUCCUGGUGCCCGUUUUUCUUCACAGGAUAGAAAUGUUCGUUUCGGCAUUCUUUUCCAAAAAAAGCCUGUUUCAUCAACAUUAAAAACCAAUUCUGGAGGAUAGUUUCCUUCUUCAAUUAUUUUUUUUUAAUAUCGCUGGAAAUUCAGCCGCCGCUUUUGUAUCACCAAUUGCUGCUUCUCCUGUAAUCUUUAUGCUGUGAAGGUUAUUUCGAUGUUUAAAUCUAUUAAACCAUCCUCGACUAGUAACGAAAGCUUCACUUUUGUCGAUUGUCUCAGCCUGAAUGUAAUUAAAAAGUCUUCUAGUUUUUUCCAUUAUGAUAGAUUGGCUUAAUGGCAUAUUGCUGCCAAUUUCAUCGUCAAUCUAUAUAGACAGUCGUUUUUCCAUUUCCUCUAUGAUAUUAUUUCUAGAACGGGUAAUUCUAGUUGCAAAGCUUGACGUAGUUACAAUUGCCGAUCUAAUCUUCUAAUGACUUCCAUUUUAGUUUUGAGUGAAAUGCUUUUUCUGGUUGCUUUCUUUUCUGUUUCAUUAUCACCUAUAGUAAAAAACUAAAGAUCAAAAUAUUUGACACUGUAAUAUAGUAUUAAAUAUGUAAAUUAAUACCUACUUACAAUAAUGUUCCAAUAAUAAAAAUAUUUCUGCACAAUACGGCACGAAACAAGAAAUACAAGUGCACUCUUUCGGAUAUGUAUUUGAAACUUAUCGCUGCAUAAGGGGAGUCCCCCUAUGCUGCGAGUGAUUUCGGGGAAUCCCUGGGUUGAAAUAAAAGAGCGUUAAACCGAAACAGCGCUUAACGAAACAGAGUUAAGUGGGAUCUUACUGUACUAAAAUAAUUCAAAUGCUCACAAAUACAUUGGGAUCUGGAAUUAUAGUAUUGUACGGUCAUAGGCUCAUAAGCAAGUCCAAACCUGUUUGCUUUGUUGCUUAUUGCUAUGGGCUUUUUCUUUGUUUUCUAACAAAUUUUGUCAGUCUAGAUGUUUCUAGCAAACAGACACAUGUCACGCUCAUUACUUACAGUAUUUUUAUAUGUGCUGGGCUCGGAAUUGCCAAGUAAGCUAUUAAUACUUUUAAUCUACUUAUUUAAUGUUCAGCAAUAGUUUUUAUGAGUUUUUUAAUUCUAAAAAUAAAAAUGUCCCAAUAUAAGUAAUUAUUGGAUAUUAUGUCCUAUCAGUAUGGAAUAACCUAUAUAUUUAAACUUUUUGUUUGAUAAACUUUUGUCAUACAAACAGCUUCAAGAUAUUGUGGAUAACAUUGAUUUUCAACAAGACAGUGAUGAUAGUGAUAUAAAUAAAAACGUUUAGAAAUUAGAAUGAACAUAUAAAAGAAAUAUUGAAAAGACAUUGAGUGAUCUCAAAAUAAGUAACAAUCGUUUACCAGCAUAUCACAUGUAUU